GCAUUCGGAUCAUAGAAUGUAAACAUAAUAUAUAUAGAAAAAAAAUACAAAAACUUGAUUUACAUAUGAAAAACAUAAUAGUUAUAAGUUAUGAUUAAUAAAUCCAAAGUAUUUUAAAAAUGUUUCGCUCAUCUAGAGAUAUAGUUAGAAUAAAUCACAAGGAAUCAACUUGCAGGAAUGGAGAUGAAUUGUACGGUUGUGAAUUCUGUUCAGAGGGCGGUUGGUCCAGCGAAACUGAAGUCGAAAUACACAGGAAUGGGAAACAUAAGAAGGAAUUAAAAGACAUUUUGAAUGAAGCAGAUUAUGUAUGCGGCAUUUGCGUACAACAAUUUAAUAGUGGUAAAGAGCUUUUGACUCAUAUCAAAACUGAUCACUUAUACAGCUCGGAAAAUGCAUACAGAGUUGAACGAGAAAUAUUUGUCUGCAAUGUCUGUUGUCAAUUAUUCUUCAAUAAAUUACAUCUCAUAGUACAUAUAAAACAAAAACAUGGGAGAGACAAAUAUAAAACAGAUAUAGUUGAAUGUCCACAGUGCAAUGACAAAUUCAAGCGCAAGCAAAUCUGGCUACAUACCCACACACAUCAAAUUCAAAGCAUAUCGUCGUGCCGUCUAUGUUUCAUCAAGUUGCCAAACAGAAGAGAAUUGAGAGAACACUUGGAUACUCAUGGUCAUUAUUUUAAGUGUGACAUGUGCGGUUAUAAUUCAAAAAGAUCGUAUCUUUUCAAUCAACAUAUAGAAGAGUGUCAUAAGAAAAGAAAUGUUGACGCUAAAAAGCUCAAGAGAAUUAGGAGAUAUUUUAUACCGAGAGAGGAUGUUUUGGAAGGGAAGGGUCAGAUUUUAAUGAUAUUCCGAGGUGUUCUUUUGAGUAAUUUAGUUAAAAUUUGUAUUAUGUGUAGAGAAAUAUGUGUGGGCUAUCGACAAAUGAGUGACCAUAUAAUUCAUGAUCACAGUACGAUUAUACAAAUGGUAAAGCACGAAUACCGUUGUAUGUGUGGGGAAGUUUUUAAUAAUAAAGUGCUGUUGAAACAUCAUAUAUUCAAAUUAAAAGGUGAUCACGGUAUUCUUAGAGCUGGUGAUGAACAAAAUGUAUGAGCAUUAUGAUAUAUUUCAAUGGAAUCAUUAUAUACAUAAUAUUUUUUAUAUAUUUUACUUUGAGUAAGUCCGUCUGAGUUACUCACUCAGCUCUUAGUAUUGUAUUCCGGUUUGAAUGGGGAGCGAGCCAGUGCAGCUGGCACUGGCACAAUGGAUAUAAAUAUCUCAGAUCCUGAGGUCGGUGGCACAUUGACUUUGCAAGGAAUGGCUAAUUAUUUUUACAUUGUCAAUAACUGUGGGCUGUGACCACCUAUAGUCUAUUCCAACCAAAAGAGGUGUUCAGACAAAUAUAAAACUUUGACAUUAAAUUGCCUCGAUAUCUUUGCUCGAGAACUUGAAUAAUCUGUGGUAUUCAUUAUGGAUUCGCAAAAAAAUGGCACCUUGAAUGUCGGUGAAGUAGUUAAGUGUACCAGUGUUGUGCUAUAUAUAGAGAUAUAUUAAUCGAGAACUGUUUGUAUUGUACAAUACAACAGAGCUUUUAGCGAAUUGUGUGGAAUGUGUGAAUCUAUGGUUUGUUUAUCUUUACUCUAUGAUUGGAAUAGGCCAUACUUAGCCACCUAUUAUAAACGAAUGUAUAAAUAAAGUAGAAAUUACAUAAUAAUGUAGCUAAAUUAUAUAUGUAUAAAAUUUUAUUUUUUAGAAUAUAACUUAUAUUAAUAUUUAUAGUGUUGCCAAACUUUAUGUACGAAAAAUUGCAUAAAAAUAAUGUAAUGGUAACUUUUUAUGCGUCAUAGACACACGCGCUCGUUUUAUUCGUAUUUGUAUCUGCACAGAGGUUUUGUCCGUGCUUUUAUUAUAUGUUAUAAUUAAUUUAUAUUAAUGAGCAGAGAUGGCCCAGUGGUUAGAACGCGUGAAACCUAACCGACGAUCGUGGGUUCCACCCGGGCAAGCACCACUGAAUUUUCAUGUGCUUAAUUUGUGUUUAUAAUUCAUCUCGUGCUUGACGGUGAAGGAAAACAUCGUGAGGAAACCUGCAUUUGCCUAAUUACAUUGAAAUACUGUCACAUGUGUAUUCCACCAACCCGCAUUUGAGCAGCGCGGUGGAGUACGCACCAAACCUUCUCCUCAGAAAAGGAGAAGAGGCUUAGCCCAGCAGUGGGACAUUCACAGGCUGUUACUUUAAUGAGCCUGCAUGUUUAUUAGCGCGGCAUCACAAUCUACGUUUUAGGAUUAAAAAAUUGUCUGACAUAUGGUAUUAAUCUAUACAACUAAAUAAAAUUGAAGUGUCUGUCUGUGUUUUCAAAAUAACUGCCUCUUAUAGUUACCGAAACCGAAACAAACAUUUUAAUUUUUUUCGUCUGUCCGAUUGUACGGGCUAAUCUUUUUUCAGUCCAUAGAUGGCGGUGCUGAAUACGUCAAUUUCUGAAACGCGGUGUCCAGAUUUUCCGGAGUAGAGUGACCUGCUAAAUACUAGUAUUCGCGUUUCGUCUUUUUGCUUCGUCGUUAUUCUGUCGUCGUUUCGUCUAAUUGAUAUUUUUAAUUAAUUUAUAAUUACAAUUUACUUGUAAUUAUUAAAUACGUUGUGGCCUUAGGUUACAAUUAUUUUCUAAUUAUUAUUUUGAUCUAUCUUAACCUUUUUACACAUUUCUAUUGCACUUUUGCGGAUAAAAAAAUAUUGCAAAU